GCCACAUUGUCCGCGCAGCAACCGUCACAUUGACCGUCGUACUCUUCCAUGCAUCCUCAGCAUGUCGGAGCCUAACUGUGUGUAUAUACAUACAUAUGUGAAGCCUUCCUUCCACAACAUCCGCGGACUGCGAGAACGUCGCUCUUGCCCUCCAUACGUUUUGCAUCUCUCUUACCAUUACCCGGCUUCGUUGUAAACAUUAGAUUUAGGCACGCUGACACCUUGUAUGCUCCAAGCGGCGACAUCGAGAUACAUUUCCGGAAGUACACAUGGCUCGAGAUAUGGAUGAAACAGUAGAAGCUAGCUCACUAUCAACCAUUACCGCCAUCGCAUCGGAUCCACCAUCACAUCCGAAUGCACCUUUACCGGUCGAAAGACCUCUUGUACUAUAUAUCGCACGAGUCCCGGGAAGUCAGGAUGUCUUUUUAACGCCACUCAAGCCACGCGACAAGAUUGUGUCUGCCGAGGAUGUGCACAGUUCUCUAUACUAUCUACAUAUCAACCUCGAGGACGAACAGCAAGCGCCGGAGCCUCGACGGCCCUCCUCGUCGCGUUCAGACGUAGCCGGAUCAAGCACUACCACAGAAGAUCCGAAUACUAUCAGAAGAAGACCGUUACAUGCUCCGCAAAGCAGCUCACCUUACUCGCCAUCAUUCCUCUCGCAGGACGAAGAUCAGCCGCCGUUUCAAAAGCCUCGACCACUGUCACAAGCUUCCAUUCAGCAUAUCCCCCGCAAGCCGCUCCUACGAGACAUUACCAACGAGCAGACUCCGCCCCUGGUUCCGCCCCACGUCAACCUUCCGUCAAUACUACCUCGGCCAAGACCACUACCUACCCCUCCCGACGACCGGACCAUGUACCUUCUAACAGUCGAGAGACCGGCAACCGACAACAAUGACGCCAGUACUUCCACCCUCGGCUCUCUAACCCUCAUCCGGCGCGACCCAGCCUCCGGCGCUCAAUGGAACGUCGCAUGCAUCUAUGACCCACCCAUCCACGAAGUCACCUCCACCGCCCUGCUCUCCCCAGGCUCAGCAGCGAACAAGACGAAACGCUCCGGCGCCCCGCUCUACCUCGACAUCACCAACCCCGGCUACUCCCAAUUCAUCAGCACCCCCGAUCGUUCCGCUUCACGCACCAGCACCUCCACCCGCUCCUCCACCACCAGCGACGACGCCUCCGUCACCGCACCAACAGGCACCUUCCGGCGCCGCCUCUACCUCCCCGGCUCACGCUACGGAGAACACGGGUACGGCCAUCGUAAAGUCGGUUCGGACGAACAUCCCGCACCAUCCCGCCGAGAACGGACUCUCUCCGACCUAACCGGCCGUCGUCGGGAAACUCCCACCUCGGACAAACGAAGCAAAAACUACACCUUCGCCAGUCCCUGGGAUGGGCAAUGCGAGUUCAGCACCACGGCGACGGGGAAAGCGCUGAAGUGCCGACACUACCUCGUCCCGAACAACUACUCGGGAGGGGUGGAAGUGAGUGAACUGCGCUUCAACCUUCCUACGUCUACAUCUACCCCAAAAAAAGACGGCACGUCCACGCCGACGCUACCAAACAGUGAGAAGCGGACUUCUUAUUUCUCGCGCCAUUCCCGCCACAACGGGGACCAUGAAGGCGAAGGAGACAUCGACGCACCUCCGACUCCCACCAUCCUACUCGAUUCCCAAGGCCGAGUAGACCUCACCCUCGGCCGGGAGAAAGCGGGCGGAGGGUUCGGCGGCAAACGGGCGAAGUUGGGGAAAUUGAUCAUCGAGCCUGCGGGCAUAGGGAUGUUGGAUUUGCUGGUUGCGGCGAAUGUGGGGCUGUGGUGGCGGGCGUAUGAGCGUGUGCAGUAAGCUGAGCAACGUCCAGUGAGGUUGCCGUCGAGUGAAGGUAAAGUUGAAGUAUUGGGUAAUAUGGCUUUUCGCCAUUUGCAUAGAGCUCAUCUGCAUCUGCAUCUGCAUCCGCUUUUGCCAUGCUACACUGUCCAACGAAGGCUCGACUUGCUUCUCGCUGUCAACUCCGUUUUGUCGCCUGUCCGGGACCGCGAUGUCGCAUC